ACAGCAGCUGUGUGAUAGGUGCUGAGCCCUUCAACCGGAAUCUCUCUCUCUCUCUCUCUCUCUCUCUCUCUCUCUCCCCUCCUUCUCUUUGGUGCACACGCCUUCUUCACGCAGUAACAGUGAGUGUACUCCACACCAACUUAAGACUUCUCCUGCCCGGUGGCCACGCCGCGUUCAAGAUCUUUGUGAUCACGGGUGGAGUUCCUGGUUGUCUAUCAGGCAUCUAUCUCAGAGCUGCCAGCGCUUGCCUCUAAACGCUACGGAGACAAGGACAAGGCUUGAAACCCCCUCCGGCUACAAGAUAGUGGGUGCGCUCCCCCAGAACAAGCUGUUGCUGCUCGGCUGCCAGAUAAUCCAGCAGCCUGUAGUUUGUGGACUAGAUGGUGUAGAUGGUGCUGGCCAACGUGACGGGCGGUUACAAUGGGAGCCUGGCCGCCCCGGUGCCGGUGGAGAAGGCAGUGGCUUGUGCUAUGUUGGGUUUGGCCAGUCUCAUCGGCAUCCCCGGCAACUUGCUGGUCAUCUGGACCAUCGUGCUGCGGAUCAAGCGGCGGACUCCCACCAUCGCUCUCAUCUUCACGCUGGCGCUGGCCGACUUUCUGGUGCUGGUCACGGUGCCCUUCUGGAUCUACGCCCUGGCCUACGCGUGGGUGUUCGGCUUGGCUUUCUGGAAGACGGCCAUGUAUGUCAUCUUCACCUCCAUGUACAUGAGCGUGUUCCUCAUCGUGGCCAUGGGCGUGGAGCGGCUGCUGGCCGUGCUGUGCCCCUUCGCCCUGAAGAGGUGGAGGAAGCCAGCGACCACCAGGAACACCCUGGCCUGCAUGUUGGUCGUGUCCCUGCUCCUGGCUCUGCCCAACGCCACUCUUCACGUCCAGCUCGAUGCCAAGGGGCGCCCGCUUCACCGAGUUUACUCCUCGCGUCAACAGGAGCUGGCGCUUCUACUCCUGGAAACCCUGGUGGGCUUUCUAAUCCCCUUCGUCUCCCUGUCUAUUUCUUACAGCGCCAUCUCCAACAGGAUCAGGCAAAUGACCGGCACCAAUAAAAAGAGAGCGGUGAAGUUGAUCGCCAGCAUCGUGGUGGCCUUUGUGCUUUGCUGGUCUCCAUAUCACAUAGUCAACCUUAUUCGGAUCACCUGCAUGUUGGCGUAUCCAGACUCAUUCCACGAUUGGGACAAGAUGUACCGCACAGCAAAGAACGCUGCCGGGGCCCUGGCUUUUAUCAGUAGCUGCAUUAACCCCAUCCUGUACGCGUUCGCCGCUCGAAACUUUAACAUGGGAUUCAAAGCUUCAAACCUUGCCAAGGUCUUUGAUCAAAUGAGCAGCAGCAUCAGAGAGAAGCGAGACAAAGAGUCCAAUGAGAACGAGCGUCGCUCGGAAUCUGCAGAUAUGCUGCAACUCUGAGAGUCGCUACAAAUUAUCCGCUCGCAUCAAAGUCAUUUUUUUUUUUAACAUAUUCCGCCUACAGCAGAUGGUGAAGAGAACGUUGUUUCUGUGUGACUAGCUCAGCGAAAGGUCGCAGACGUGACUGUACCACAAGAACCAUUGCAUGUCAUCUGAUUGGAAACGUCCUCAAAUGAGUCUGAAGAAAGGUCCUGACCCGAAACAUGUUCUCCAGAGAUGCUGUCUGGCCCGCUGAGUUACUCCAGCACUUUGUGUCUUUUUUGUUGUUGUAAACUAGCAUCUGCAGUUUCUUGUUCCUACAAAAUACAAUGUCUUUGGGCAAGUGUCCAUUGUCGUUGAAUGGGGUGGACUGCACCUUCACCGAGACAGUGUGAGUCUUCUCGUAAUGUCAAAUGAAUCAGCUCUUCAACAAAAGUGAGUGCAUCGCCCUUCUCACGAUAUUCAGUGUAAUUUACACCAACAUCUCAGCAGUUAUCAUUGACACGAACUAACUAACCGGCCGGGUGUUUAGUAACUACCUCAUCCUGCAACUCUCCAAUUGUAUUGCACUGUCUACAAGGCACAAAACAAAUGGGUAGAUACUUCUGAAGAUGAGUCCAGAUCUGAAAUGUCAUCUAUCCAUGUUCUCAGGCACAGAAAGGCUGGAGCAACUCAGUGGGUCAGGCAGCAUCUCUGGAGCAAAGGAAUAGGUGAAGUUUCGGGUCGAGGCCCUCAUUCAUACUGGAGACCUGUGGACCCUGCUUAUCCUGGCCUGCUGAGUUACUCCAGCACUUCAUGUCUUUUUUGGUUAACCAGCGCCUGCAGUUCCCUGUGUCUCUAGGUGCAUCUCACUUGCUGUUUGUACAGCUUCACCUCGCUCAACUAGUUGACAGCAUCCAGAACAGGCUGGCGUGAGCAACACAAGUGCACGGAGCUUGCAAUGUGUGCAGCGUACAAGGUGCACUCCUGUUACUCACCCAGGAUGUUCCCUCAGCACUUCCCAGGACUUAAACCUCCACGGCAAGGAGGACAAGAGGAGCAGGCACAUGAGCAGCUCCUCCACACUGCAGGACACCCUGAGCUGGAAAUAUAUUGCUGCAGCUCUCUCAUCUCUGGGACAUUCAUAUUGAUCUCUGUGGGACAUGGAGUGCAGCAGUUCAAGAAUGUCUCUCAGGAACAUGUCGGGAUGGGGAACUAGAUGCUGGCCUUGUUUGAAAGACUGAAACAAUAUGUAUUUGUUGCUGAUCUGUUGUUCAAUAAACCUAUGUUAAUUAAAGACUAAACAAAGAUCU